AUGAUUACCAAAGUUUCUCAAUCAGAAAAAGAAUUGCUAGUGUCCACUAUCGAGGAUUGGUCUGCCUCAAACGGAUUAGCCAUAAUCCCGGCAAAAGGUACUUUUCGAACGCAAUCAAAUCCAAACCAAAGAUUUGCGACAACUGCCCCUGUGACUUUAUUUCCUAGUCCCUUCCCUCGGGACUGCUUUACCCAUGCCAAAGCAAUACAAAAAGACUUCAAUCAAUUGUAUGCUGCCGUCUCUCAGGAUGAUAAUUUCCUCCUGGAAGUCUUAGGGGAUGUUUUUGAGUCGGACGAAUUCUCAGCUCGUUUGUGGAAAAUUCACGGGAAAGUCAAGGCUGAGGGAUACACUCAGAACCUAUGCCUCGGACUUUUCCGAUCUGACUAUCUAGCCCAUGUGCCUAGCGAUGACUGUAAGCCUGUCAUCAAGCAAGUCGAGUUUAACACCAUUUCGGCAUCUUUUGCCGGUCUUUCUUCCCUGACCUCAAAACUCCACAGGUACCUAAUUGGUACUAUUUAUCCUACACUUAACAGCUAUGAUGAAAGACUUGACUCGGCAUAUCUACCCCAGAAUGAGAGUGCCCUCGAGAUCAGCCGAGGAUUACUUGUGGCUUUUCAUGAAUACUCCAGACAAUCAUCUAAUAAAACUUCUUGUAUCCUCUUCGUUGUACAAACCUGGGAAGAAAACAUAAUUGAUCAGCGUCAUCUUGAAUACAUUUUAAAGAGUUCAGCGUCAACCGUGCCAGUCUUUCGUCUUCAUUUUUCUGAAAUACUCAGUUGCACAAAGGUGGCAAAUACACCAAAGCGAGAGCUCUUGUACUCUCUACCUAGCAAUCCGGCCAAAACUUUUGAGGUGGCUGUAGUGUACUUACGGGCUGGUUACGACAUAUCGCACUACCCAAAUGAGGUAGACUGGGAUGCGCGAUACCAACUUGAAAGAUCCAACGCCAUUAAGUGUCCUUCUAUCCUAACCCAACUAGCCGGUACCAAAAAAGUUCAGCAAGUGCUUGCCACUCCAGCGCCAUCAUCGACUACUCCAUCCAUUCUGGAACAGUUCUUCUCCCAGGAAGACCGAGGGUAUAUACCAAUGAAAAUCCAAGAAACGUUCGUCGAGAUUUUCCCUUUGGACUCCUCUCCGGCUGGUCUCAAGGCGCGCAACCUAGCCACAGACCCAGAGCUCUGCAAAAACUAUGUGCUAAAGCCACAAAGGGAGGGAGGCGGACAUAAUGUUUAUCGCUCAGCCAUUCCUCCUUUUCUCAAGUCUCUUCCCGAAGAAAAGUGGAAAGCCUUCAUCUUGAUGGAGAUUAUCACUCAACCACCCGUGUAUAAUCACAUUCUUCGGAAUGGUGAAAUCUAUAGUGGUGGUGUCAUCUGUGAACUUGGAAUCUAUGGAGUAUGUCUAUGGGAUAACGCCACUAAGAAGACUAUAUUUAACGAGCAGGCUGAUUACCUCCUGAGAACUAAAGGCGACCAGAGCGAGGAAGGUGGUAUUGCAGCUGGAUUUGGCUGUUUGGAUUCAUGUCACCUCAUUUAA